AUGCUAUCACUAGGCCAAGGCCUGUCUCCAUUUUUCUUGCGUCUUUCUAGGCUUAAGCUACUAAGUCUUUUAUUUAGUGGUGCUAUCGGUGAUGAUAUGGAUGACGGUGGUUCUAAUUGUCUAGUGGCUUUUGUGGGAGGAAAAAAAGGUGCAGCAGGUGAUCUUUUAUUUCAGCCCCUUUUCUACUCUCGCCACAACAAUGGCACAAUCUGCUUCACUGUCCACGAAGGUUACACAAGUACUUACUGUGCUGAAAUGCAGCUGGGACCGAGGAACAAAGACUGUUCCAGAUUUAAUGAAGAAGGGGAUCCGGAGUACUUUACUGUGUGUGUAAGUCAAAUAGAGCAUGUUUUGGCCUCCAAGGCUAUUUGGCAGGAUUGA